UGAAGCUCCCUUGGGAGCCGCCAUUUUCCGGAGGGGAAGGGGGAGGGUGCAGCGCGCCCCUCACUCAGCCCUUAAAGGGCCAGCGCCCAGCCCGGACCCGCCACCCCGCGGCGGCCUCCUGUCGCCGACCGAGUCCCCGCGGCUCCUGGGCGAGGCCCCGGCCCGAGAUGGGCUGUAGAGACAACUGGACCGGUAUAUAAACCAAGCCCGAUUAGCUGUGGAUAACCUGGCACAAUCAGUCGCGGAUCUGACCGGCAGCAGACAAGAAACAGCAUCACAUGGGAAGCCUGGCAAGACUGAAGCGUGCAUGGAGGUGGCCAUUUUUCGUGAGACCAGGAAGUGAGUGAGCGUUAUUCAAGCCCAACAGCUAUGGCAGGCGAUGAGAGGGACUAUAACCUGACGGAGGAGCAGAAGGCUAUCAAAGCCAAAUACCCACCAGUCAAGAAGAAGUAUGAAUAUCUGGAUCACACAGCAGAUGUGCAGCUCCAUGCCUGGGGAGAUACUUUGGAAGAAGCAUUUGAGCAGUGUGUUAUGGCCAUGUUUGGCUACAUGACUGAUACAGAGACUGUGGAACCUCUGGAUACUGUAGAAGUACAGGCAGAAGGACAUGACAUGCUGUCUCUUCUUUUUCACUUUUUGGAUGAGUGGCUGUAUAAAUUCAGUGCUAAUGAGUUCUUUAUACCCAGGGAGGUGAAAGUGCUUCACAUUGACCGAAUGCAAUUCAAAAUAAGAUCAAUUGGGUGGGGAGAAGAGUUUUCUUUACCCAAACACCCUCAGGGCACAGAGGUCAAAGCCAUAACUUACUCAGCAAUGCAGAUCUGUGAAGAAGAGAAGCCAGAAGUCUUUGUCAUCAUUGACAUUUAAAGCAAAAGUGUGAUGAAAUGACUGGAUACUUAUCACUGGCUAGCAGAAGUCCCUCAAAAACAGCAGUCCUCUUGGAAGUAACUAAGGAGUUGGCCAAUUCAAAUCAUAAGUUGAAGGGAGUAAUUGCAGGGAAUGUACAUCUGUGUUUUGACUUGAGGACGGUGAGCCAGACAAAGACCUGUACGUCAGGAAAAAAAACUAGUUGGGGUUUUCUGUUUGGCUUUUAUUUUGGGGGGGGGGGGGGGAGAUGAGAGAAUUGUAGGGGUUGAAAGUCUCUCAGGAAAGUUGGUAUUUUAUAUCAACUUUUAAGGUUGAUGUAUGUGUUAGGUGGAAUAUGAACUAAAUAGAUUAGUGGAGCCAGUAAUGAAAAUACUGCUUUUUUGUAGGGUGGCAGAGGAUAAUAAUUGUUAAUCUGCAUGACUUCAUUUGCAGAUUUAAAUAUUCUAAUUCUGAGGUGAUGUCCCUCCAUAUUAUUUGAAGGCUCCAAAAUACCUGCAGUGAGUCAGAUUUAAUGUAGAAAAGUUUCUGAUUGUUUGGAGGAUGCCAAAGAAAGUAAACCAAUCUUUCAAAAAACUUCUAGAGUACUUAAAGAAAAAAAAGGUAAUGCCACCAGGUGGUGCUGAAUUGCCAUAAGUUUCCAAGCGAAGCGCUAAAGUGUGUGACUAUGUAUAAUGGAAUCCUAGUAGCGCUUAUUACCACUCUGAAAAGUAGAGGUUGCUUUGCUGCUGCUGUGAAAAGGGAUGCACUGGAGUUCUUUGCAGCUCUGUUCCCAACUAUGUCUCAUCAUAAAGACAUUUCCUUUUAAAACAGAACUAAGCAGACACUUCAAAUAAGAUUCCAUUUCCUCUUAAAAAAAAAAAAAAAAAAAAAAAAGUACAGCAAUACAGAGCUUCCCCCCCGCCAUGCAGGAGGACUGUGUGGUGAGGCACGUGUCUGUAACUCUGAUUAUUCCUGCUGCUUCUGCUGAGAAGAGUUUAUGGUUUUUAUCUGUCUUCAUUAUACUACAGAGUUGUGAGACUGUGUGGCAAAUCCCGGAAAAGCUUCCUUUUGCCUUUAAUGUCAGAAAACUCUUUAACUUUUAUUCACUGAAUCAAGAAUAAUAAUCAAAAAGUGUGUGUUUUGUUUUAAAUCAUGGGACAGCUAAUGUGUGUCAUCUGCCGUCGCUAUUUAAACGUGAGAUGGGCACAGUGAAUACAAAGUCAGGGCUGACGUGACCUGUUUUUUUUUUCCUGGUAAAUGCUGCAAGUGCCUCACCUCCCGAGGUAACUUCUCAUCUUCAUUUUGUUGUAAAAUCAUCUUAAACAGAGAAGACUGAGGUUUUAUUUCCUUAUUGUGAAGAUGGGGGAUAAAAUCAUUUUAUUUUUUGAUAAAGCUUUAAUACUGAAAUAAAACCUGGACUAAGAAAGAAUUACA